CCUGUAGGUAGCGGUAAUACACCGAGUAGUGUCUAAUCCGCCAUUUCACUUAGAAGAAGAAGAAGAAGAAGUUUGUGUGCAGAGUCGCGUUGUGUUCAGGACUGUUGUAGCAGCAGUGGAGUGAUUUAUUAGAGAGUGGAGAUGAGUGUGAACUUUGCGAAGUGCAGGUCGAUUUUGAUCACCGGGACGAGCAGAGGGCUGGGGCUGCAGAUGGUCAAACACUUAGUGGGAAUCUCUGAGAGACCGCACAAGAUCAUCGCCACUGCCAGGAACCCAGUAAAAGCCCAGGAGCUGCAGCAGAUUGCUAAAUCUCAUCCUGAGGUUUAUAUUGUGCCUUUAGACGUGACCAACGAUGUGAGUAUUGCAGCUGCAGUUCAGAAGGUGUCGAGCAUCGUGGGUCCUACGGGGUUAAACUGCCUGAUCAACAACGCAGCGACCAUGAUUGCCUCGGACCUGAACACAGUGACCCGGGACGGUAUGAUGACGACGUUCCAGAGCAAUACUGUCUCACCGCUGUUCGUUACAAAGGCCUUCCUGCCGUUACUCUGUGCAGCAGCAGGAGUGUGUGACGGCGGAGUGCUGAGUGUGAACAGAGCUGCAGUGAUCAACGUGUCCUCCAUCCUCGGCUCUGUGCAGCUCAACUGGGGAGAAGGAGCUGUGCUGAAAAGUUACGCUUACCGAACGUCCAAGGCAGGUCUGAACAUGGUGACGCGGUGUUUAGCGGUUGAUCUGGAGCCCGAUGGGAUCCUGUGCACGGUGGUUCAUCCUGGCUGGGUGCAGACUGAUAUGGGAGGGAAAGAGGCUCCUAUGACUCCGGAGCAGAGCAUCUCAUCUCUGUUAGCUGUGGUUUGUGCGCUGAGUGAGAAGGAUCAUGGGCAGUUUCUGGACUAUGAGGGGAAGAAUUUGCCCUGGUGAAGAUGCAGGAGGGCGCAUGAUCGAGUCCAUCACAGAGAGCUGUGGGUUUGUGACAUCAGUGAUUCUGGAAUGAAAAUCAGGUGCUGGAUCAUGAUUUUAAUAUCCACCAAUUAAUUAGUCAAUUAAUAUGAAUAAAUUUGUGUCACUGGAUGUGAUUGACCUUCUUUGUCAAAUAAAUGAAUUUCAAAUGA